GCAUACACCGCUUUAAGCAGGUGUCCAAGCUGGGACCACAUUCAAAUUAUGGCACUAGAUGAAGCCGCGUUCAUGGUUGACCGAGAUGUAAUAAUCGAAUAUGAUCGUCUUGAAGCGCUCGCCACUACCCCUUUACCAAUUUGA